GCUCGGCAACGGCCGAUGAGCAGCUCCUCGGAGGCUCCCGGCAGCCUCGCCCCGUCCCCGCGGCCGCGGGCUGCCUCCCCGCCUCACGCCGCCGGCGUCGGGAGCGCGGCGCGGCCCAGCCCUGAGGCAAACCCCGCCGGGACCUCCCCCUGCUCCAGAGGCGAGGCCGCCGAGCGCCCUUCCCCGCCGCCCCGCCUCGCCUGGCCCCGCCCGAGCCGCGGCCCGCCACCCCCUCCUCCCGGCCGGCAGGAACUGCUGCGGGCGGCGGCACGGCCCGGGGCGGCCGGCCCGGGCGGCGCGGCCAUGGGCGAGGCGGAGGGCGGCUCGGCCGGCGCUGUGGAGAAGCCGCCGCUGCCCGCCGCGGCGGUCGCUGCCGCCGUUGCGGCAGCCGCGGCGGCAGCGAGCGCAGCCCCGGAGCCUGGCGUGCCGGCGGAGGAGGCGGUGGUCGUGUGGAGCCCCGAAGUGGAGGUUUGCCUCUUCCACGCCAUGCUGGGCCACAAGCCCGUAGGUGUGAAUCGCCAUUUCCACAUGAUUUGUAUCCGAGAUAAAUUCAGUCAGAAUAUUGGACGGCAGAUCUCUUCCAAAGUGAUUUGGGACCAUCUGAGCACCAUGUAUGAUAUGCAGGCUCUUCACGAAUCUGAGAUUCUUCCGUUCCCUAAUAUAGAGAAGAAUUUUGCUCUUCCUGAUGAGAUGAUUCAAGAGGUGAGAGAAGGAAAAGUGAUGAUAGAAGAAGAAGUGAAAGAGGAAAUAAAAGAAGAGAUGGAAACGCAUGCAGGUCCAGAAGAAGUUUUUGCACCCUCUGGAAGUUUAGGAAAAACAACUGAAAAGCCAAGCAGCAAAGAGAAAGAGAAAACUUCAUCAGAUUCUGGGUCCAAAGAAGGAUCUGAUAAGAGGAAGCGCAACAGAGUCACUGAAAAGGUCUUAAACGCAAACAGUAAUCCUUCCAGUCCAAGUGCUGCAAAACGACGCAGAACAUAAAGCAAGCUGUGAAAGAGAGAACUAAUAAACUAUGGAACAUGAGGAGGGAACAGUAAAAACGAGUAGCAGGAUAGUCGCUUCACAAACUUUUUGAGAAAGGAAAAGGUAUCUGAGCCAGGUAUUUGAAGAAUCUGCACAUUGGCUUUACACAUGCAGGACUUUGUCUUUCAUAACGUGUUGUCAGCCGCGAGUAGCUGAGCGAUGGCUACCUUCUCAGGGCGCCGGGGAGAAAGCUGGCAGCGUGCAAAGGUUAUGCGUAUGUAACAAUUCCAGUGGUUGCAUUUCAAACGAGUAACAGGCUCUGUGUCAGCAGAGUUUGUGAAACAAACACUCAGUGAAAAGCGUAGGUUAUUUCUAUAAGUUUUGGGUCGUUUUUUCUGCCUUUGCGUUCUUGCUGUCUUUGCAUAUCACAGACCUUCUGUGAGUAAUGUUGUCUGGCCAUUUUACUUACUGCAAACGUAACAUUUGUGUCAAAUGUCUGAAUUCAUCAGGCCAGUAAAACUAAAAUGAUUUUAAAUACAAAUAACUACUGAGUUGAAGUACUCUUUCGCUGUUUGCUGGAGGAACCUUUACUUCUUUCACCCUUAGUGACGUAACACUUUUCAAUCUUUCUAAGUUUAUAUACCAUAAGUGAAGUGAAAAUGAUAGUGCCCCUAGAAGAAUAAUAAGUAUCCUAAAUAAAAUAUCCAGUGACGUCACGUGGUUUUGUAAGGGCUCAGCUGAGCUGCGCAUGAACCUGGAGAUGUUGCUUUGUCCAUUUGUACUAUAGUAGUAUACAAAGUGGGGUUUGUACUUCAUUAUUUAUUUUUUUAAAGCAGUUUUAGUAGAUGUUAAUGGAAUUGGUAUUCCAAAUGUUAAUUUUGUUCUACAACUUAAGAAUCUUACUGACAUUGUAAUGCUUAUCUUUUAUAUGCUAGAAUAUUAACAUUUGAUAGAAGUUACUAUUUUUGUGUUGUGACAAGAUGGACCGCGAUCAACAAGCACAUGUUGAAUGGUGAAUGAGGUAGGCUGAAAUGUUACUGAAUUUGUUUCACCAUAUUAACUAUCAGUUAAUAAAAAAAAGAAUUACUUCUUAAUCUGCCAGUAUUGCCUUCAGGGUGAGGAACUAGGCAUCUACUAGUUUUUGCUUUUAUUCUAGGUACGUAGCCAAGUUCUUGUCUGCCUUAUUUGUUUAAUUUGUUUUAUACCAAGAAUAAAUUUGACUUGUCUUUAUUUUACUAAAUGGUAAUUGUUGCAUAAAUUGAUUAAAAUUUGGCCCAGCUUA